UAAUUAAUCGCUAAAAAAUGGGCCGCGCGUCGUUUGAGUACGACGAAGUCGGCAACACAUUUUACUAUGUGCUCGUGGCAUUCUACGCGAUUAUUCUGUUCCCGGCGACCUACCUAUGCCUUCCAGGAGCCUCGAAACCAGAACCAGAACACGUGAUCAACGAACACGAGUGCCAAUGCGACGGUUGUGACAAGAAAAGACGACAAAAAGCGGCGAAUAAGCCGUGGCGACGGACUAAAAAGAUUAUUACCAUCGUUGUUCUCGUUGUAGCGUGGGCAAUUUUCGCGAUAAUUGUGAAAAAAACGACUGAAAUCGAGCAAACUCACAAGGACUAUGACCCGUAUCAGAUUUUGGGUCUGGAUCAGGGCGCCGACGAGAAGGCCAUCAAAAAGGCCUGGAGAGAUAUGUCAAAGAUUCACCAUCCGGAUCGUGGAGGAGACGCUCAAUUCUUCGAUAAAAUCGCCAAGGCUCACCAGGCUCUCACCGAUAAAGAAGCUCGCGAAAACUGGGAAAAAUACGGAAAUCCAGACGGCCCAACUGCCACAACUUUCGGAAUUGCUCUGCCCAAAUGGCUUGUGAGCAAAGAAUACGGACUCUGGGUGCUCGCUUUCUAUGGGCUCAUUUUUAUGAUCAUUUUGCCCGUUUCUGUUGGAAUGUGGUGGUAUAGCUCGAUCAAAUACAGCGCUGACAAGGUUCUUCUGGACACCACACGAAUGUACUAUUAUUUCAUCAAUCGGACACCGAGAAUGGAGAUUGGAAGAAUGAUCGCCGUGCUCUCUGGAUCCUUCGAAUUCAGCAAACAGUACAAUAAGGAGAUUCAGGAACGAGAAACUGAUGAUUAUGAGGUUCCGAGGCUCAUGAAACAGAUUGCCGGUGUUAAUGAUAAGGGAAAAGAGCAACCGUUGAGCCAACCGUAUGCACUGAAAUCUCGUGUACUUUUACACGCGUAUCUGUCGAGAUUACCACUGGAAUCGCAAAAUGAUGCGUUGGAGGAGGAUCAGAGCUACAUAAUCACCCGAAUUCUGCGUUUCGUCGAAGAAAUGGUGAAUUGCUCGCAAAAUCUGAUGAACUACUCCCAACACACGAAGAUUUCCAUCGAAACGUUCGAUAAUCUUCUGAAAUUGCAACCAAUGUUCGUUCAGGCGCUUUGGCAAAAGAAUAGCCCGUUGCUUCAGCUUCCACACAUUACAGACUACAAUUUACAGCAUUUGAGAAAGAAGCGUGUAUUCUCGUGCCAUGACCUAGCUGUAAUGGAUGCAGAAACCCGUCGUUCCGUCCUUCGAUCCCUAUCAAAUGAGGAAUAUCGUGACGUAAUGGUCGUUUUAUCAAUGAUGCCACGUCUACAAAUCGAGACGAAGACAGUUGUAGAAGGAGAAGAUGAUAAGCAUGAACUGACGGCUGGAUGUGUAGUUACACUGAAAGUUACGAUGAGAAGAAGCCGAUUAAUUGAUCCACAAGAAGCAGGGCUCGCUGAUCAGUACAAAAAGUAUGCGGAAGAUGGUGGAGAUGAUGAGUUGGAAGCAUCGGAAGCUCCAGAAGAAGCUGCUGCUACUGUUGAGGAGGAAGAAGUGAAGAAACGGAAGCCGUGGGAGAAGAAUAAGCCGAAACAGAAGAAAAAGAAGGCUCAAGGUCAGGGCCAGAAGAAGUUUGUGAAGAAGAACGCCCCGGCUUCACCUGACACGGAGAAGGCUUUGAAGGAGGAGGCUAAGGAAGAAGACGAUGAUGACGAAAAAAAUUCGAAGGCUUCAGAUUCUGAAGAUGAAGAAUCGGGAGCUUCUGAUUCGGAGAAGGACGGAGCCGCCGCCGCCGGAGGAGAUCAAAAAGAUGAUCAAACCGAUUCGGAAUGGGAAGAUGACGUGGCAAAUAGCAAAAAAUCGAUAUUCGAGACGAAAAACACACAAACUCACACUGUUCAUGCUCCGUUCUUCCCGACUGAGAAAUUCGAAUGGUGGUGGAUAACGGUAGCAUAUGUGGAUAAAAAGGAGAAGUCUCGGCAGUUGCUGACGUUCCCACAACUCGUUAAAACACUGAUUGAUGAGCAAACGAUUGACAUUCGAUUCGCGGCUCCACCACACAAAGGAAUCUACACGUACAAUUUGUCGGUCAAAUCGGAUUCCUAUAUGGAUGCGGAGUAUAGUGUUGAUUUUAAGAUCGACGUGAAAGAGGCGAAAUUCGUCGAAAUCAAGCACGACGACUACGUGGAUGAGGACGAUGAAGCCGUCGAAGUGUCGUCGGACGAUGAUUAUACAGAAGACGAUGACUCGGAUGAAGAGUAGCGAAAUGCUCCAACAAUUGCUCUCCAAAUUAUUCGUUAAUUUAUUUUUCAAUUUUUCUUCAGUGGCCCCCCAUUGUUCUCCCGCACUUUUCUCCAAAAAAAUUUCAAUCAAUUUCUCUACUGGGUUUUCUGUUCUUCUAAAAGUAAUUAAAUUAAAUAUUUUAUUUAAAAAAAUUUGUAUGUUUUCGUGUUCCCUAUGCAUUAUUAUUUCUAUUCCCUUCCCACCAAUCACAUCACUUUUGAAAAUGUUUCCUCUACAUAGUUACAUGAAAUUUAGACC